AGAUGAGGGGAUCCGAGUUGCGGAGAGUGACUCCACCCCAUCAGGGGGGCGGGGACAAAGGUGUACCAGUCUGACACUAGAUAGAUAACCCGAGGGGAGACCUAGGCAGCCCUGGAGGAGGGAAGGGUCCGAAUUCAGUGGUCAAGCAGCGAACUUGUAUUGCAUAUGCGCGUCAGUCCUCUGGGCCUUGGCAGUGUCCUGAUCAAGUGUCCACCCAUCGAACAGGCAACCCUCCCUCAUGCACUUGACCCAGCCUCUGACUCACCCGACUAACGGACAAAUAGCUGAAUCCCACGACUCUAUCACUCCAGCUUUUCCCCGCCCCUGACGAUUACCGGAAAGUUCUCAGGUCACACCCAAGCCUUACCGGAGAAUUGCUAGAAGAGAUCCUAGAACUGGUACUGCGUGGGAGGUCCUGAUACUGAGCAGAGUGGUCACCUCCUUUCCCAGGUCCCUGCUUCUCUCAGCCUGAGCACCGCCCCACCUCCGUGCCCCAGAACAGCCAUGGCUUCCAAGUGCAAGGCGGCUGUGCAGCAUGAGGUCCCCGUGAAGAAGAAGCAGCAAGAGGCAGAGGAAGACAGCCUCCACUCCGCUGCCGAGGCCCUCAAGCCUGCAUACACAGAGAAGCCUGCAGCCAGAGAGGACUUAACGGGUGAACUCAGCCACAACCCCAAGAACAAGCCCCAGGUGUAUGGGAACUACGACUGCCCGCUGCACCUGACUGACAUCGAGAAGAACAACAAUAAGUUCUACACCAUCCGGCUGCUGCAAGAGGGUGACAGCUUCUUCUGCCAGAGGCUCUGGGGCCGUGUGGGAGAGGUGGGCAAUUCAGAAACUGAAGAGCCCAUGUCACUGGAGGAUGCAAAGAAGUGGUUCGAGAAGAAAUUUCGGGAGAAAACCAAGAAUGCCUGGGCAGAGCGACACCGCUUUAAGCCCCACCCUGGCAAGUACAAGCUUAUCGAAGCACACAGAGAGGCUGAGGCCCCGGAAGCUGCGGUGAAGGUGCGGCCCUGCACCCUGGAUGCGCCCACACAGAAUCUCAUCGUCAACAUCUCCAGCAAGGACGUGUUCAGAGAUGCUAUGACCCUCAUGAAGCUGGACAUAAAGAAGUUGCCCCAGGAAAUGCUGAGCCAGCUGCAGAUUACACAGGGCUUUGCGGCCUUAGAGAAGCUGGAGGAGGCCCUGAAAGCCCCCACAGAUGCUGGCCACAGCCUGAACGAGCUGUCCUCCCGCUUUUACACCAUCAUUCCCCACAACUUCGGCCGCAAAAAGCCCCCGCCCAUUGACUCCUUCAAGCUUCUGCAGACAAAGAAGGACAUGCUGCUGGUGCUAGACACCGUCGUCAAGCUGGUCCAGACCCAGGAGGCAGCCCUCGAGGAAGAGGAGGUGGAGGAUGUGCCACAUCCACUGGACCGAGCCUACCGGCUCCUCAAGUGCCAGCUCCAGCUGCUAGACCAAGAGGAGCCUGAGUACAAGAUGAUACAAACCUACUUAGGAGAGACUGGCAAGUACUACGAGCGCCUUGGUCUGGACCAUGUUUGGAAAGUGAACCGAGACGGGGAGAUGAGCGAGAGUACCCCACCGCCCUCCCCUGCCAUCACUCAGACUCGCAGUGAGAGAGAUAAGCUCCAGGCCCACUCCAAGCUGGACAAUUGGAAGCCACUGUGGCAUGGCACCAACGUGGCUGUGGUGGCCACCAUCCUCAACAAUGGGUUCCGCAUUACCAAAAGUCUUGUUAGUAAGAGCACCUACUUAGCCUUGGAGAACAUUUCUGGCAUGUCCUACAAGGAUGACCACCAUGUCAGCUACAUGUUCCUGGGUGAGGAGACACCGGACAGAGAGCACCACACCACCGUCGACGAGCCCAGCGUGAAGCAGCCAGACCCCGGCUUUGACAGCGUCAUCGCCCGAGGCCACACAGAGCCACAUCUGACCCAGGACACUGAGCUGAAGAUGGAUGGCCAACGUGUGGUGGUGUCCCAGGCCCAGCCCACGCUCGGCCCAGAGUUCAGAAGCUCUACAUUCUCCCAGAGCGAGUACCCCGCCUCCCAGGAGAGCCAAUACCACCUGUGCUACCUACUGGAGAUGCGCCUUUGAGCUGCCUGCCCGUCCCACCCCUCAGGGCCCUGCCGGGGGCAGGCAGUCAUCCUCACUCUUCCUGCCCACCUCUGGUGCCCCCAUAUCUCCCCUUCUUACUUCCAAUCUCCUUGCUAUGUCCCAGACAGUGUUCCCCACUCCCUCCAAUCUUUGCUAGCCGUGGCAUGGCUGGAGCCCUGGACUCUCGCCUCCUGAGGUGUGGGAGUGAGGGACUGGCAUUAUUACUGGGACACAGAUGCAGCAGCCUGUUCAGAGCUGCGUAGUUAGAAGGCACAGGCUGAUGGAUCCCACACCCUGCUGGGCCACCCACCCUGGCUCAGACUGCUCAUCCGCGGGUGUGAUCACCAAGGCAGGCUGACCUUCAGGCAUGCACAGACAGGUUUACUAAACAUUGUAUUCACUUACCCUGUCCCUGCUCAUCGGGUGCCGUAGCCUGCCACGCCUGGGCCUUCCUUCUCUCCACAGUGACUCAGCAUACCACACAGUAGCUCCAGCCCCACUCCAGGGGUGAUCUGGGUCCCACACUCACCCCCACACCCCCCAGUCCAUCUACAUCCAUCACAGCUACAACCCGCCUCCUCGGAUCAUUGAGCCUUCAAAGGUGACCCUUUGAAGACCUGUUGGUCAUUUGGGGACCCACUUGGUGAUUCUGUCCUUUAGCCUGGACAUGGCAAGGCCAAUCAAGUAUCCCUCAUGUCUUGCCAUCAAACAUCCGUGUGAGUCUUAUGUGUGAAUAUGACAAACGAGAUGAGCACAUACCUGAGGGGCCCAGCUCUGCCAUCAUGAGAGGAGUACCCAUUAUCAUGAUGAGGAAAUUUCAGGAAAAAUUAAUCAGCCUUCUGCUUUUGUAAAUAUGCUUGCUUUCUGCAGAUCAGCUUGUUGCAUGCAAGGGCUCCCGCAAGAGCUCCCUUGCACUUUGCUCGACUUAUAAAUGUAACUGUCUGUACACUAGCA